CACACCGCAACAGGAGACACCACUAAAAUAUGUCCGUAUGACAUCAGUUAUCACGUGACAUGCAAGAGCUACUCUCUUAUUUCUUAAUAUUAUCUGCUUCUCAAGCCACGCCCUUUAACGCCCACUUGGUUAAUUAGUGGGCGUCAUCUCUUUUGCAAGGAGCAAAAUCUUAUAAGAGGAGGGGGAGAGAGAGAGAGAGAGGAACAGCUUAAGCACUGAAGGAUACAAAGUAGAAGCAGUCACUAGUAGUUAUUCCACCGCAGUAGAAGACUAGUCUAUCCUAGUUACUAGGCACUAGUUUCCUCCAGUCACUGGUUUGAAAGACUCUCCCUCUUUUGAUUUUGACACCUAUACUUGCAAACGUAACAGGGCACCAUGUCACUAGACCUUAGCUCUAGUCUCACUGCUAUGGAGUGGCUCCCUCGGCUUAGAGUCGGUGGUGCCUCCUCUUCAAGCAGUGCUGGGCUAGUCGCAGGUACUGGAGGCCAGCAGGUGCAGUCAAUGCCGCCAUUAGUACAUGCUGGUACUGCUUCCAUUGACUAUCAUCACUUUGGACGGAUCCCUUUGCAUGCACAAAGACAUCCAGCGAGUGGUCGUAAGCUCCCUCCGUCUCCCAUUGAUCUAACUGCAGUCCUGGAUCCUCUGGAGGCCCAGGCCUAUCGCUAUCAUGAUGCCAAGCCUCCUUAUUCCUAUGCUACACUGAUCACAUACGCCAUUAACAGCUCACCAAAGAGAAGGAUGACACUGAAUGAGAUAUAUACAUGGAUAUGCAACAACUUUCCUUAUUAUAGAGAAGCUGGGACAGGCUGGAAGAAUUCAAUCAGACAUAACUUGUCGCUCAAUAAAUGUUUUCAAAAAGUUCCACGACCAAAAGAAGACCCUGGGAAAGGUUCUUACUGGGAGAUUGAUCCGUCUCCUCUUGAAGACAGUAGCGAAACACUAUCAAGCUCAGGGUUUCCUAGGAAACGAAAGACCAGUGAUAAAAGUGUUGAAGACACCAUCAGUCCUGCUGACAUUAGAAAAGAGAAGAGCUUUAAACCGACUCCAGCCAAUGGGUCCCCCUCUCCAACGCUCUCCGAACUAGUGUCCUAUUCUAAACGUCCAUCAACCUAUUCCCUCCCCCCUCCUCCGCUCCACUCUCACGUACCCUCCACUGGACAGACUGACUUCUCUACUCCUUCACAAUACCCCAAGGGAAAUGGAGAGGGAUCUUUCGAUGAUCUAAACGCGUCUUUUCGUAGCCUCUACCGAUCAUUAUUUGAUUCCGUAGGUGGAAGCCACACCCAUUUCCCAAUGCUUUCAUCAUCGUCAUCAAACGGGAUUAAUGAUGGAAUGGGUGUUGCCUCUACAAUACCUUCAACUAGUUACAGCAGCAGGUCAGUUAGUUCCUGCACCUCCAGUUUAAAGUUGGAGUCCAGUCUUACCUCCGUCAUGGACGGGUUGAGAGAUCUAGCGGACAGUAACCAGCUGGACAGCUUGAGUCCUAAUACGAUACAGUCACUAUGGGAUACUGUUAAUGAAGGUGACCACACCCAGUUAGGUAUGGACCCCACCUCUUUUGCCAAGUGGUCAGACUCAUUUAACCAGUUCUUGUGCCAGUUGAACCCGCAGCAUGUUCCUCCAGCCUCUUCUAAUUAUAGUGUGGGUGGGACAGGCUCCUCCCACUACCACACCCCCAGUCAUUAUCAGGGCGGAGUCCCACCCCCUCCCUAUCAUCCAUCUUUAAGAACUAUUGGUAGCAUUGAGUCUCCGCCUAUUUUAUACAACCAUGCUCAUAAGGACCCGCCCCCUUUUAGCUCAGUGGCGACUGAUUUGUUGAACGAUACUGAAGAUGAGGAUGAAUUUGAUUGGUCGAAACUGGUAUAAUAAUUAGUCUUGUGAGUAUUAAUGAAUUUUAAUCCAUCAGUAUUACAGAGUAUCAGUAAAUUAAUUAAUUAUUAUUAGUUUUAUUUCUUCACCUGUUAUUAUUAUUAUUUUAUUUAUGUUGGAACCUGUUUUCCUCACUUCUCUUUAUUCUUUUUAGCUUUAUAAAAUGAUAAAUAAUAA